GUUAGAUUCAGUUCAAAACUUUUAGUUUUAUUUAAUAUUUAUUCAAGAAAAAUUUAACAUUUGUGACAGAUAUAAAGCUACUUUAAUAUGUCAUCCGGUAUUAAAUGCCGAAAUUGUGGUUCUACGGAUAUAGAAGAAGAUAACGCACGUGGUGAUAGAGUUUGUACCAAUUGUGGUUCGGUACUCGAGGAUUCCUUAAUUGUAUCAGAAAUACAAUUUGAAGAAGUUGGCCAUGGUGCAGCUGCUAUCGGUCAAUUUGUUUCGGCUGAAUCCUCAGGUGGUGCCACCAACUAUGGCUACGGAAAAUUUCAAGUUGGUUCAGGCACUGAGUCGCGUGAGGUUACGCUGAAAAAAGCCAAGAAAGAAAUAACUCAUUUAUGUCAACAACUGCAGUUGACCCAACAUUAUAUCGAUACGGCAUUGAAUUUCUUCAAAAUGGCCCUAAUGCGUCAUUUGACCCGUGGCCGCAAAAGUACUCAUAUAUAUGCGGCAUGUGUUUACAUUACUUGCCGCACAGAGGGAACAUCACAUUUAUUGAUUGAUAUUAGUGAUGUGCAGCAGAUUUGUUCAUAUGAACUUGGAAGAACAUAUUUGAAGUUAUCAAAUGCUUUAUGUAUAAACAUACCAUCUGUGGAUCCUUGUUUGUAUAUAAUGCGUUUUGCAAAUAAAUUGCAAUUUGGUGGAAAAACACAUGAAGUAUCAAUGACUGCAUUGCGUAUUGUUCAGCGUAUGAAAAAGGAUUCCAUACAUUCAGGAAGGAGGCCAACUGGUUUAUGUGGGGCUGCUCUUCUUAUUGCUGCCCGUAUGCACGAGUUUAGUCGUACGAUAGUGGACAUUGUGCGCAUUGUUAAGAUCCAUGAAUCCACUUUGCGCAAAAGACUAACAGAAUUUGCUGAUACACCCUCCAGUGCUCUAACCCUAGAUGAAUUUAUGUCUGUUGAUUUGGAAGCUGAACAAGAUCCACCAGCCUUCAAGGCGGCCAGGAAAAAGGAUAGAGAUCGCAUAAAAGAUAUCGCUGAAUUCGAGUUGACCGAAUUGCAAAUGGAAAUCGACAUACAGUUGGAACAAGAUAUCAAGCGAUUACAACGCAAUACCAUCAAACGUUUAACCGGCAAAGAUGAGUUCGAAGAGGCCGAGACGGCAGAAUUUAUCGAAAAAUCUAACUUGGAAGCCAUACAGGAAUGUUUAUCCGAUAAUCCCGAUUUGGCACCAGUUGUUCCAAAAACACAAAAACUAGUUAUUGAAGGCCUAAAGCCUGACAUUGAAUCGAUGUGUCGUCCCACAGCAAGUGAAUUGCAGGAAUUAGAAAAGGCUAAAAAUGCUGUCGUAGAAGAUGAAUUGGAUCUUGAGGGCUUAGAUGAUGAAGAAAUCAAUAAUUACAUUCUCACACAUGAGGAGGCAGAUCGCAAAAAUACCAUGUGGAAGGCUUUGAAUGCAGAAUAUCUCAAAGAAAUGAAGGAGAAAGAAGAAAGACUGGCCAAAGAGCGUGAAGAGGGUAAACCGGAAAAGAAGAAACGUAAACCUAGGAAAAAAGUCAUUGGUCCUUCGACCACAGCGGGUGAAGCCAUUGAGAAAAUGUUGCAAGAAAAGAAAAUUUCCACAAAAAUUAAUUAUGACAUUUUGAGAACCCUGACUGAGGGUGGACCCAGUACUAGCAAUACAGCAGAUGUUCAAAUUAAAAGUGAAAAUGCUGCUGCUGGAGAGAAAUUAGUAAAUGAUGAAACUACUGUUCAACUUAAAUUGGAGACUAAAGACUUGCCUGUCAUAGUGGAAACGGGCCCUAUAACAACGAAAAAUAGUCGUGGCAAACCAGCCUAUUCUAUAGGCGGUCCCAGCGCCAAAAUUCCAAAACUUGAAAUGGGUCUACCAGUGGCCGAGCAGGAGGAAAAACCGGAUGCUGUUAUUGUAGAAAAUGACGAUGUGGAUGAUGAAGAUGUCAAUGCUGAGGAUGACAUUGAACCCGAACCAGAACCUGAAAAGGAGUACUCUUCCCUCAAAGACAUGCUUAAUGAUGGCGGUGAUGAAGAUGAUUACUACGGUUAUGACGAAGACAAUUAUUAAUUUAUUUAGCCAAUAUAUCUAAAAUAUUUUCGAAAACAUACAUACAUUCAAUUUAAUUUAAUUUUAUAGUCUAUGAAUUAAGCUUAACAAUAUUUAUAUUGUGAUUUUUUCGAUAUUGUUAUAGGUUCAUUUUAAUUUUAAUAAUUUUUAAAUUAUUUACUCAAUUUUAUUUUUGUAUUAUUACCAUUUUUUAGAAUUUAAUAAAUAUUCUAUCCACUCUUUGUAAUCUUUAAAUCAA